AACGAAAUCGAGCGAAUACGUAGACUAAAUAAGUUGCCGUGUGCGGUGCGGGUCGAAAAAACGCGAAAAAUGUUGAAAAAAGUGACGAAAAAAACGGUCUGAGUGCAUUUCGCGUCGUGAGAAACCAUCCGCCACUGAAAUAUUAAAUGAUUUUGCGACAGGACCCGUUCUAAAGUGAAUAAAACCGCGUUGUAAACAUACUGUUACAUCGAGGUAUGGCAAAGAUGGCUGGACUUUAAUACACGUCUUUGUGCGUUUAUCAGCAUGAGAGUGGAUUUAUUUGGAAAAGGAGGGUGGAUCGAGAGGGAUUGCGUGACAUGUUUAUCCAAUCCCAGCAGUUGGUCACGUGUAACAUCGGCAACGACGGCAACAGCGCACCGAGCAGCGGCGGCACAUCAACAGCUUUCCUCGGGGCUCCGAAAAAACGCAGAGCCGUGGACUACUACAACAGCAGCAACAACCCAGAUCUUGCGUUCGUCGUGGACAACGGCCAUCACCAAUCCCAUUUCGCUACUACUGUGAAUCUAGCAGCAGAGGAUCAGCAGGGUGAAUUGGGCAGGGACAGUCCGAAUGGGCAGCCCUUCGUCAGAGCGUCCACUAUUAAAUUAUUAGAUACGUACCAGCGUUGCGGCCAAAAGCGCAAAACCUGGUCGGCCGGCGGCACCGCUGUCGGGAAUGCGGCUGAGCGGGUCGAGAGCCUCGCCCCCUCGGACUCCAACACCACCGACGAACAACAGCACCCCCCGGCAGGCGGCGGCCCCACUACGGCGCAGCACGGCUCCAAGACGCAGCAGCCCGCGGCGCAGCAACAGGCGGCGGCCCAGCAGCACCAGCCAGCGGCGCAGGCGGCUCAGGGGGCGCAGGGGGGCGCGACGGCCGCUACGGGCCCCCCUGCCGCGCAGGCGCAGCCUAACCCCCAGCCGCAAGGUAAGAAAAAAUGUUCCGGAAGCGGUGCCGACGGCGACUAUCAGCUGGUGCAGCACGAGGUGCUCUACUCCAUGACGAACCAAUACGAGGUGCUCGAGUUCCUGGGCCGCGGUACCUUCGGCCAGGUGGUCAAGUGCUGGAAGAAGGGCACCAACGAGAUCGUGGCCAUCAAAAUACUCAAGAACCACCCGUCCUAUGCUCGACAGGGCCAAAUUGAGGUGAGCAUCUUAUCCCGACUGAGUCAAGAGAAUGCGGACGAGUUCAAUUUCGUCCGUGCCUACGAGUGCUUCCAGCACAAGACACACACCUGUCUGGUUUUUGAGAUGCUGGAACAGAACCUGUACGAUUUCCUAAAACAGAACAAGUUCAGCCCGUUGCCGCUCAAGUAUAUCAGGCCUAUUCUGCAACAGGUCUUGACAGCCUUGCUGAAACUUAAGCAAUUGGGACUGAUUCAUGCUGAUCUGAAGCCAGAAAACAUAAUGUUGGUGGAUCCUGUGCGCCAGCCCUACAGGGUGAAGGUUAUCGACUUUGGAUCAGCCAGUCACGUCAGCAAGGCAGUUUGCAAUACUUAUUUGCAAUCCCGCUACUACAGAGCACCAGAGAUCAUCUUGGGUCUGCCGUUUUGCGAGGCCAUCGACAUGUGGUCUUUGGGCUGUGUGGUGGCCGAAUUAUUCCUAGGUUGGCCGCUGUACCCUGGAUCGUCUGAGUACGACCAAAUUCGGUACAUCAGCCAAACACAAGGUUUACCGACGGAACACAUGCUGAACAACGCGUCCAAGACCACGAAAUUCUUCUACAGGGACAUGGACAGCACCUAUCCCUUCUGGCGUCUGAAAACGCCGGAAGAGCACGAAGCCGAAACAGGGAUCAAGUCGAAAGAGGCCAGGAAGUACAUCUUCAAUUGCUUGGACGAUAUCGGUCAGGUGAACGUGCCCACCGACCUGGAGGGCGGUCAGUUGCUGGCUGAGAAAGUGGACAGGAAGGAGUUCAUCGAUCUGUUGAAAAGAAUGUUGACAAUGGACCAGGUAGAACGACGCACUACCCCAGGAGAAGCACUGAACCAUCCUUUCGUCCGAUUGGCUCACCUGAUCGACUAUGCGCACUGCAACAACGUCAAAGCCAGCGUCCAAAUGAUGGAGGUUUGUCGUCGCAACGACUACAGCACAUCUUCUGCCGCUUCCCACCACCAACCAGCUCAACAGGCGCCAUCUUUGGUCGCUAACUUUGUACCAAACUCUAAUGGUAACGUGACGUUUACCAUAAACAAUCAACUGACCAACCAAGUGCAGAGGCUAGUGAGGGAUAGGUCUGGAUAUGACAACUUGUACCAGAUUUACAAUGGAAGAACUGUUGGACGUCAGUACGCAACCAGCGCUAGAGCAGAUCCGUUCCAGCAUCAAUUGGUGUCCAGUAUACUCUGUCCUGCAGGUUACCAAGGAAUGGGCGGCUCCCCUGCCAAGCACGUGACCGUAGUGCAGCAACCCCCUCUACAAAUACAACCUCCCAUUUUGAGCCAACCUGGCCAACAACAGUAUGUUCCUGUCAGCGUGGUUGAGCCGACUGGGCGACAAAUGUUGUUAACUAACGCCGUUCAAACUUCUUGGCCUACCAACCGCCAACAGAUGGCCAUAGUACCGUCUUGGCAGCAGAUACCGCCACAGCACGCAGCGAUACAGCAGCCUUUACUUUCAGAAGCUGAAUGGGGUAGACCUCUUUUGGUAGAUUCGUCAGCUAUAUUACAGGAACAGAGACCAGUAUUUCCGGUAGAUGUCACCACUGAAGUUUUUAAUCCCGCGCUAGUUGAACAUACUGGCUCGUGGAGUACCAGCAAACGUAGUUCCAGACCUCAUCACGCUCAGCAACCCGCUCCGCAUCAUAGUCACCAUCAUUUAAUGGUCCCAACGCAUCAUAGAUCGCAGCACGAUAAAAAGGAACAGACUCAAUUGUCACCUGUCAAAAAGAGGGUUAAGGAGGGCACUCCUCCGUCUGAACAGUUGUACAGUGUUGGAAGCAGCAGAAGGAAUCACAGUCCGAACGUUCCUUCGCAUUGGCAUAAUAAUGGGCAUCAUCAGGUAUCGUCCCAAGACCACCAUACUCAGACCCACAACAACUACCACACCCACCACCACCACCAUCAUCACCACGGCACCGGGAGCGGUAAGAACCAGCACACCAUCACCAUCAACGACACGCCCUCUCCGGCCGUCAGCGUCAUCACCAUUUCGGACAGCGAAGACGAGGGAUCGCACGGAAAGAAAACGGUUCAUACUAACACAGUAGCAAACCAGCAAAGUCAGACCAACCAAUCACAUCAUGCGUCAAGCAGAAAAAAUGUAAUCAGUUGCGUCAGCGUUCAGGAUAGUGACAACGAAGAAAGAAGUUCAUCAAAGAUUCAUAACACUCAGCAUUCUUCACACCAUCAGUCUCAACAGCAACAGCCUUAUAACGCUCAGCCUGUCAUCAAGAACGAACCAUCCUGUCACAGCACGCCGCACUACGCUUCGCAAAAGAAACGUCUACUGGCCAAGGCUCAGUCUGAGUGUAUGCUGAACGUUGCUACUAAACAAGAACCAGGUACCGAAUACUAUGGCCAACAUUGCAGUUCGGCCUGUAAGGAACAACCCAGCUCAGCACAAUCUUAUUCACACUAUUCAGGGUCCCAUAUGGGUGGACACGACCAACAGAACUACCAGUCAUCCAGUGGCGCCGAGAAAAGGGUCAGCUGGGCGCCUCCAGUCGCUCAUAACACUUCGUCGAGCAGCCAUUCGAGACGCCAUUCGGCUGUGCCCGUGGUCAAUUUGAGAGAGUAUAACGUGGCGCCGCAAGCGCACGGUGACUACGUCCAGCCGCCCGCCGCGCACUCUAGCGGCCGAGACCAGCACUUGCUAGCUCCGCCUGGAAAAGGAUGGGGACCACCACAGGCUAUACCUCAAACCUACCGACACGGUACGGCGCACUUAUCGCCGCAACCGCUGGCCGCAGCGCCGCGCCUGUCCCCCCAGCACCCCCUAGCGGCGGCCGCGGGCCAACCGCUCUACCACCAGACGGAGCUGUACAGGAGGCCCGUGUACGUGACCACAACGCAGCCGGCGGCAUACUUGUCGGCCACUCACCAGGUGGCGCCUGCUGGUCGCGCUCUUCCACCACCUCCGGCUCACCAUGCUUCAGCUCGGCCAGUUCUGGCAAGUCAUCCGAGCCAUCCAUUGCCGGCCCAUUUGCAGUUUCCGUCUCAUGCACAGGUCGCUGCAGCAUCCUAUGGUUUCGCUCCUUUGAGCCCUGGAAAGGGACAUCAGUACCAAACGAGUUUAUGGUUUACAGAAUAGUGGUACCUAAUAAUACCAUCCCCUACGAUUAUCUACUGAUAUAGAGCACCUCAAAUCGCAUACCAGUCUACCCUUAGACCGAUGCGUACCGAAAAAUAAGCGAAUAUUCUAAAAAAGCACCGGGAUGGCCGAAAAUUUAUGACAUAUUACGCCAUCUUCGCUGCGCAACAUGAACCGACUAGCCGAAACACGAAUGAAUCCGUGGCUAGUUGUUCUAAUAUAAUAAUUAUAUAAAUAUGUGGAAUGUCUCUUUUCUUGGCCAGUCUAUAGAACUAGUACUAGAUGUUUUAUCGUUUUUUCUAAUAAGACAUAAUAUGGCGUUGGAUCAACAUGAAAUUAUUGUUCACACAAGAGAGAUAAAAGUUUUUUAGACACUGUUUUAAUCAUUAGGAUUUUUUGGGUAUUAAUACUAAUCCAGGGUAGGAGUUAGAUGUAAUUCAAAAGAAAUGCGUAUACGAGGGUUUUAAUUUUAUGUUUUAAGUUUUUUUUUUGGGAUAGAUUUAAGUAGGCUUUUUUAUAUUGUUCUGUUCACUGACUAACGUAGUCAUUAUUGUUGAACCUUGCUUUUUGUAAAUAUCUGUCGAUUUGUGAUUGCAAUCAGACAGAAUAUGUUUUAUUAAUUAACAAAUCUAAUAUAGAAUCCUUAGUACCUCGUGAAAUCGCAUUUUGAUUUGAACUACACGAAUAUCAAAUUCACUAAAAUAUUUUCAUCUAAAAUUUUGGCGUGGUGUUACAGCAGAAAAUUAGAGAAAUUAUCUAAAAACAAACCUGCAUCAGUAAUAUGUAACUUGAUUGCAUUACAUUAACAAUAUGUAAUGUAAUGUUAUUACAAAAAACAGUAUUUAAUCUAAUGUCAUUACAUCAACAAUAUGUAAUUUGAUUGCAUUACAUCAACAAUAUGUAAUUUGAUUGCAUUACAUCAACAAUAUGUAAUUUGAUUGCAUUACAUCAACAAUAUGUAAUGGCAUUGCGUACACAGUACGUAAUGUAAUGGCAUUACAUCAACAAUAUGUACUUUGGUUGCAUUACAUCAACAAUAUGUAAUAUAAUGACAUUACAUAAACAGUAUGUAAUGUAAUGACAUUACAUAAACAGUAUGUAAUGUAAUGACAUUAGAUAAACAACACGUAAUGUAAUAACAUUACAUAAACACAUAUUUUUUUCAUUGUAACAACACUAAAGGUUUCAACCAAAAUAUUUUUUUUUAUUUUCAAAAAAUUAUAUAUUUUUUUAAAUCUCUUGCCAAAUUGAUGAUAAUGUGGCUAACACAACUGUCUAAAAAGUAUAGUUCAAAUCAAAAUGCGAUUUUUUGACCAAUUAUCUUUUCACGGUCGUACUGUAUAAUAUGUACAACGUAACAUAUACGGAACGUUUAAUAAAAUCGGUACAAUUCAAAUCACGAGGUUCUAGGAGGCUAGAAUAUUAUUUUUUAAAACAUUUUUGACAGAAUAUCGAUCGAUUCUUAUUGACAGGGACUCAACAAAAAUACGCGUAGGCCCUACCCAAUUUUAGUGAUAGUAGUUUGUAGGAUUUAUUAGAAUUGUUUUCACUAGAUUUUUCUUAAUUUUUCACAUAUAACACAGAGCUUGGAAUAGCGUGGAGUUUUAUUAAAUGUAAAUAUUUAUGGUAUCGUUUUUGCUAUUUGUAUAAUAUAUAAUAUUUUCUGUAAACGUUCGUUUACAGAAUGUGUCUUAGAAAUGUGAGAUUUGCUUUACAAAAAUCUAUUUACUGCCUUCAUAUCGAUAAAAAAAAGGAUAAAUUUUAACAGGUUUUGGGUAAAUUUUAAAAUUCUUAACUUAUCUAUCAGAAGUUUUGUUUUAAAAUUUACAAAACCUGUAAAUUUCCAAUUAUUAUAUUAAUUAAUUUAGUUUUUUAGGUACUUACUUAUCAAUUUUUUUUCUUUAGUCGAUUAAUUUGUAUAUAGUUUUUUUUUCACCAAUUUUUAAGUGUCUUGAAUGUCCUUUUAUUGUUUUUUAGAAGAAAAAAAAUUAGUUUUUUUUCCUCAAUUUAGAUCGUAGCAAAUAUUGGGUGUAAAUUUUAUGCUUUUAAUUGUUUAUUCGAGUUCUAUAUUUAUAUAACCUAGUUUUAUUUCCGUUUUUUUUCUAUUUUAAUCAAAUUUUUUCGAGUGAUCUCGAAAUCGGGGUAUUUGAGUGUGAUUUUAAAAAAUAAAUUAUUUAAAGACGGAUUGAUAAAAUUUUAGUGAAAGGAGAUCACUCAAUUAAUGAUAAUUUUAGUCAGAAAUAUAGGGUGUUACUUUAUUAAGUAGGGGCUGUUUUUAUUUUCGUUUUAAAGUUUUCACAAUUGUUAUUUGGGUAAAUGUAAUUUUUGCAUGUAUUGGUUUGAAAAAAAAAAUCAAAAUUUUAAUGAUUUAACUAGGUGUCAUUUUGUUUAGUCACACGAUGAUUAAAAGUACUUUACGAUCGAAAAAAAAACAUCGUCAUCGUGACCUUUGAAAUUAUAAUUUUUUAAAUUUUCUGUCGGUCUGACCUCCCCCAUAUAUGUCAUUUCUUAAAAUUUUACAAAAACAUGUUAAAAAGUAACAGACAAAUUUAUUGAGUAAAUAUUAUUACUCAAUAAAUUUAUUGAGUACAAUUUAAUUUACUCGAUAAAUUUACUGAGUAAAAAUUAUUUUACUGCAAAAAUGUAUUGAGUAAAAAAUAGUUAACUUAAUAAAUUUGUUGAGUAAAGAUUACUUUAUUCAAUAGAUUUAUUAAGUAAAAAAUAAUUUACGCAAUAAAUUUAUUGAGUAAAAAAUAAUUUACACAAUGAGUAAACAUUAUUCUGAGUGAAGUAUUAAUUUUUGGCAAAUUUUUCUCUCAAUUUUUGGUUAUUUACAUAUAGAGGUAAACAGAAAUUUGUCAUUUCAAAGGCUACUACGACGCCGUUUUUUUUUCGAUUACGCAUAAUUUAACUGUUAAUUAUAUAAACUUGAUUUCAUUUAGAAAAUCCACAUUUUAUUAAAGCAUUUUAAUUUUUAAUUUUUGAUUUUUUUUAAUAAACUGCGACAUACCAUCAAAAUACAUUUACCCAAAAAACAAACUAACUAAAAUAUAGUCAGAUUUUUUACUGUAGCAAUUAUAAUAAAAUACAAUUUGAUGUGCCUGUUUCAAAAGGGAAAAAUAAUAAAAAAAUUAUCUAUAAUUGUCUGUACUCUAUUGUUUGUUGUUCAAAAUGUUCAAAUAAAAUGUUUACGGAUAAACUUAAUGUACUUUGCAUAUGACAUAUUGCACUUAGAUGUCUUAAAUGUUACUGUUCAGCCGAUGGGGGAGUUCUUUACAUCAAUAGAGUUACAAGAUAUAUAGUUGUGAUAUUUAAACAUGAAAAAAUAAUGAAUUAGAUGGUUUUUUAAAUGUGUAUAUAAUCUAAAUCUUCUUGCAUUAAUUUUUUGGGAUUUUUUCAAUGAAAACAAACAAGAAAUUUUUUCUAUAGAAAAAAUUCGAAAUUUUUGAUGCUAAUAAUUUUUGGUAUUUGGAAAACAUUAUAGAUGUUAGAUAGAUGUGUAAAAUAAUUAAAUAUUUUUCGAUUUACCUAGAAUUAGAAUGUUUAAUGGGAGAUAUUUAAGGUUAAAGAGGAUUUUUUACUGGUAAACUUAAGAUUUUUCUGAAAAAUUAACACUAGAAGUGGGAUAAUUUUUUUUAAUUUCAUUAUCUAUUAGUCGGCUAGUUUAAAAAAUCUGUUUUUUGACAGGAUAAUCGAAAUUUGUAUAUAAUUUUUCAUUAUUCGUGAGAUACAAAGAUGAUUUGAAAGACAUUGUUUCUUUUCUGUGAUCGAGAAAUUAUUUGUACAUAUAUGAAAAUCAAUCAGUUGCAUUUUUAUCAAAAAAGGGAGAUUUAUUUAUCAGAAAUACCGGGUGUUUCAAUAUUCCUGUCUCAAUGAAAUGCUUCAGUUAAAUACAAAAAAGCGUGAUUUUUUAAUUUUUUUACGAGCGUUUAAAAGAGAUUAUUAGGAUUACAAAUGUCAAUUUACUAAAUAUUAUUCAAGUUCAGACAAAAUGUUGUUCCAGAUUUGCUACACUUCAAGCAAUAAUAGAAAAUAUACACAGAAAUAAAUAAAAACAAACUCUGAAAAGCAAUCUUCUAAGUUUGUAUGUAAAUGAAGUAUUAUGUACAUUGAAACAGGGAUAGUGAAAUACCCGGUAUAUAUCGAAUCCCCUCUUAUAUUUUAGUUGAAAAAUCCAUUGCAUUAAAACACUUAGCGAUUUUACUAAUAAUUAUAAGGGAAGCCUUAAGUAAGAACAAUAUUUGUAGUGGUUAUUAUUAUCAAUGAAAAUAAUAAAAAAAGAAAAUAUAUAACUACUCGCACUACUAAUUCUACAAUUAUUUCAAUUCGCUCUCCAUGUAUUUUUCGUUUAUUAUAUAAUAUAUAAUAUAUUGCACAGGGUUAUUAUACUAAUAAUUAUAAAUAACAGCGAACUAGUGUUUAGAUUUAAUAAAAUUAGAGAUUAAAAUAUAUAUCUGUGGGAGAAACAUAAAAGGUAACUUAACCGGUAAUUCUUCAAUGUUUUACUUUAUACGUAAUAUUUAUAUUAUCUAUAUAUUGUUGCUUAGUAAACCUCAAGACUGGCCUAUAUUUACAUGUAAUUCUUCAUUAAAUGUUAAUUGUUCUAAGGUGUACAGUGUUUUUUCGCGCUUUUGUUUUUUCUCAGUAUUAACUCUUAAUUUUUGGCUUUUCCGAAGGUUUGGUUAGCUGUCAGUUGUCAAAAAUGUCUCCUGGUUUUAUCGAAAUUCAGAAUACUGAUAUUUUUUUUUAAAUAGAUAAAAAAAAAUUGAAACCCCUUGUAUAUUAUUGAAAAUUGGUAUAUAGGCGGAAAAUCGAAUUCUGAACAACUUUUCUAUUUGAUAUUUUUCGAUAUCUCAUCAUCUAACCUCACUUUUAAAGGAUUUAUAAAGAUAAUUUUUUGAAUUUCCCGCCAUGUCGUUUAGACACAUGACAUAUGUUAAAAUGACUUUCUUGACGCACAUCUUUAAUAAAUCUUAAAAUGUAUCACGUAUAUAGGCAACCUUAAUAGUGUUUUGAAGAAACAUGAAUUCCCUAAUGAAAUCAGAAUAAUAUACUGGGUGUUCCAUUUAAAAUAAAAGAGUAACUUGCUUUGAAAAGAUGCCAAUGUUCAAUAUUAAUUUUGUCUCACCCUGUAUAAGUUUUUGGAUCAAGUUUUAAUUUGAUUUAAAGUACAAUAGUUAUUUUAGCUACAUAUUAAGCUAUGCUGUGUAAAUUCUGAUUUAGGUAGCUUUUAUUGAAAUUUAUAAAUUGUUCUUCAUUUUUAGAAAAUUGUUAAAUACAUAUGUCAAAAACCUUACAUUUUAGUCAUAAACUUCUCCUAGAAUCCGAAAAUCAAUUAAUAUAUAGGGUUUUCCAUUACAAAGAACACUUUUUUUGGGGGGAUACCCUGUAUAACUCCCUAUAAUUUAAAAAAAAUGGUCUAAAUUAACCUACAGUGCUCACAAAAUUUCAUUUCAAUAGAAACUGUCGUCCUCCUUGGAGCCUCUGCGUUGUAUGAGAGGCGCCACCCUGUACAGGGUGUUGACGUAUAGUUUAGCCAAUCGAAAAAAUCAAAAUUUAGUUUUAAAAAUAACUGAAUGCAAAAAUUUGAUACAACUGAAGGCUAUAGACACUGACUAGCUUUCUUAAACCUUCUACACACGGUUAUGGUUCAACAUUGCUUUCGUUUUAAGUAAUCUCGCUGCAACUAUUAACUAACCUAGAAUAAUUAAAGUGUUUUUAGAGCUUUCGAGAAAUUUCGUCGUUCAUAAUAUAUGAAAUAAACAAAGAAUAUAUCAAAAUGUAAGGCACAAUAACUAAUAUAUUACCUCAGAUUUGUAUAUAAGGAAAUUUAGAUCUCUCUAAACUCUCUCUGUUUUUUGAUUCUUUCUUGUCACUAUACAGUGUGCGCGAAAAAGUCUGUAUUAAAAGAGAUUUGUUAUUAUUAGUGAUUGAAAUAAUUUAGAAAACCCAGUUAGUUUUUGCGAUGAGGUAUGUAAAAAAUAUUUGUUAAUUUAGUAUUUGGAAGCUUUUUUUCAAUAGAAAAUGCAUAAUUUUUUUAGUUUUUCAAUUUUAGAAUAGCUAAAACAUUAAUGCGUGGUUUUACCAGUUUUUAGACAAACAAAAACUAACUGGCUUACCUAUUUUUCUCUAUCUUUAAUAACAAGAAAGUGUUAUUUGAUACAGACUUUUUUGCCAACACUGUAUGUGCUCAUAACAGAAAAUAGCAUGGUUUUAAUUUAAGAGACAGAAUAGUUUCUGUUUCAUAUUAAUAUUGGUAUUUUAGUGCAUUAUUAUAAUCGAUUCCUAUUAUUUUUAUUAUCAGUUAUAUUAGUUUAGUUUUAGUGUAUAAUAUUGGAUUUGUAUAUCGUUCUUUGGGGUUUGGUUUUAUUAAACAAUAAUAAACUAUUAAUUUUAGUCAGUUACCAUAUAUUAUGCGCUUAUUGUAUUUUAACGGUGUUGUAGAGAGUUAAUGAUUUUGCUGUUUUUAUUCACUUCGUCUGAUUUGGUCCUGUCUGUUUGUUCUCAGUACAUACGUGUAUAUCAAAAAAUUAGAAUUCAGAAACUCAUGAUACACUUCCAUUUCUAAAAAGAAAUAUAAGAUUUUUUAUGCAUGUCAACUUUUUGAACAUCGAGAAAAAUUUUGGAUAAAAAAUUGUUGUUACUAGGGAUGGAUUUUUUUCCGAUAUAUCGAUAGUUAACUUAUCGAUAGGUGAAUUUCAUUGUCGCCCAUCCCUAGGUGUAGCUACAGAAAAAGAAACAGUUUUAUCCAAUAACCUUUCUUUGUCAAAAAGUCAUGUUUUUUACUAUCAAACUUAAAGGCUGCACUGUAUAAUAUAGAAUUUUUUAGGCAUACCCUGUAGAACCCUCUUACUGUUUUUUUCCAACCAGUAUUAUAACGAAUAUACUGUGUGAUCGAACGAAAACAACAGAUUAUCCUUAGCAACAAAAAUGAGACGUUAAAUUACUUUUAUAGAAUCUAAAAUAUUUGUCACACUGACUGGAAAAAAAAUCAGACAGUAAUAUAAUUUCUAUGCCUAUCGUGACGUCGUUUUUUUUCAAUCACACGGUAUGUAACGAAAAAAAAAAAUGAUUUUCUUGUAGUAUAUUCUUGCAAUGGUCGUAUCAGCGUAAUAAAAUACAGGGUAUGUCGAAAUAAAACUAGUAAUUUUACUGUUAAAAUUAGUGUUACACAAGACUGGGUGUAGAUCAUGUCAAUAUAAUAUAUUAUUAUUAAAAUAUAGCUAUUUUAGGCGCGACAUUUAUACAAAAAAUGUCGAAAUUACUUGGUGAUAGGCAUAUUAGUAAUUUGUAAAUGUAUAUUAUUCAUUAUUAACUAUAGAUUUACUAUAACCGUGGAGUGAAAUGAAAUGUUGAUUUAAAAAAAACGGAUGGGUAAAAAGGUUGGGUCCGAAUUUUUGUUCUUUAAAGUGCGGAAAAAUAUGAUUUUGUGUGAUUUUUUGAGUGAUGUUAGGACAAGAUGGACCUAAUUUUUCUUUACCCUAGAGAAAAAUUUUGACAUAUUUGUCUAGUAAAUCGAAACAAAAUGGAGAAUAGUACAAAAGCGUAUUGAACUUAUCUGUUAUAUAUAUUUAACAAAGUUUAUAAAAAGACUAUUGUGAUUUUGUAUGUAUAUAUUUUGAAAAUGAAAAUAAAUCAGACGAAAUUUAACUUCAUAUUUUUGACAAUAAUAAAUUAAUAUAAUUUAAUUUUUUUUAUGGAAAAAUUCUUGUUUUGGUAGUUUUUUAUUCUUUAAGGUAGUCACACACGUACAGUUUUUCAUCCAGGCAAAACUGACGUCAUCAUCUGACUCUUCUGACACA